AUGGAUGAAAUGGCCCCGACUUCGAGGAAGUCCAAGACCACUUGUAUGCAAUGUCGUGCUCGGAAGGUAAGCGGAGGACGAAUCGCUCUUGACAUUCGCCCUGAAAAUCAACCGCAAUUCCCAUCCCAGUUGGAACAGCCGGCUAGCGAAGUUGGCCAAACUCCGCUAUCGAGCGAUGGCGCUUUGCCGAACCGCCAAGAAAUCAUUUCUUUGAUCGAGGCGUAUUUCCAGCACAUCUACGCGCUUCCCUGGUAUGCUUUCUUGCACAAACGAUCGGUCAUGCAAAGGUGUCACGAGGGGACGAUUGAAGACUGUUUGACAUUUGCAAUCUGUGCGGUGACAAGUCAACGUCUCAAGAUUGAGCCAUACGCUCGGGAGUUGAGUGCCCAGUGGGCUCAGAGGGCCGAAGACUUCCUCUUACAACAUCUAGAGAGUCCUUCAACUUCUCGGCUCCAGGCUCUCAUCUUGAUUGUGCGAUACCGGGUGGAAGUAGGUCACUUCUCGAGAGCUUUUAUGCUCGCUGCACUGGCUGGUCGAUCUGCCGUUGCGCUGCGCCUGAACUAUGAACGCCCUGAACUACGUUUCUUGGCCCAAGAAGUCCGUCGGCGAUUGAUGUGGUCGUGUUUUGCCCUCGAUGGCAACUUUUCUGUCGGCCUGCGAGAAUUCGAGACGUGUCCGCCGGAAAACGUCUUCCUUCAACUUCCAUGUCCAGAAACGGCUUUCGAGCAGGAUGCACCUGUGGAGACAGCCCCGCUCAGAGCAACUUCCUUCGAUAGGCCUGAGCGCAUCGGCACCUACGCUGCAUGUAUAAGACUUGCCGCAAUAAGAACAGAUAUCAUGAGAUUGACACGCCGGCUUGCUUCUUCCGUGGUUCCACCUGGGGAACUCAUGCAUAUGGUGCGGCGAUUUGAAGAUGAGUUGCAGCACCUAUAUCGAAGCCUUGCCGACUCUGAUCGAUAUAACCCCAAAAUAUUCUCCUACUGUGAAAGACCGGCCCGAAUCCUUAUGGUGCACGAAUGUUGGCACCAAGCGUAUACUGAUCUUUACCGAAUCUUUUUGACAGGGUACCGAGAAGCCGCUCCUCCUUCAGCCAUGGAAGGAAUUAAUCGUGAAGACAUCCUCCGCAGGCGUACCCUGUGCUUAAAUCACGCAUUGUCAAUUGUUCAGAUUUUCGCAGCAUUCUCAGAGCAGUGUAAGGUCCUGACAAUCGACUUUGACACUGCAAUUUGUGCGUAUCAUAGUGCCCGAAUCAUCCUCUUUAGCGCUCAAACGGACGUUGUGACUCAGAGUUUGAGUAUGCCCGCCGCCCUGGAGAAAGCUCGAUUCUGUCAGUCGAUCAUGAACAGGUUUUUUCGCACCUCUCCCGUGGUCGAACCGAUGAAGAAAGAACUCGAGAUGCUCAUCGCGCGGCAUUCGUCUCAGAACACCAAUGCUGGCAUACAACUACCCCAUCCUGAAGAAGUACUGGAGGAUCAUUUAUCAAGGCUCGCAGAUGAAGCUAGGACCAGACAGAGACUAGCAAUCCAUAGUCUAAUAGGCCGAGCAGAUUUUGUUGACGACAGUAAUGAAGUCACCAGCCCUGCACCGCCCAGGGAGCACCAUUCCAACGGCGCCUCGACCGCGUCCUCAAGGCUGCAAAGGCAGCGCCUGGUAAGAAAUUCUAUGAAUGUCAAACCAAACCCUCAAAUCCUCCGCUCUCAGAGUGUCCCUGGAGCGACCCAAUCAACACAGUCCAAACAACCCGAUCGAAUGAUUGAAAGCGGAAGCAAUGAGCCAACAAAUUACGCCCAAGAAGAUCAGGGCCAGUGGCUGGACGGCAUGCGCCUCGCCUUCAAUCCUUGGAUGGGAUGGCCCGAAACGUUGGAAACAUAUGGAUUUUCUCAAGAUCUAGACGACGAAUAUUUCUAG